CGAGAAUCAAUCGUUUUAGAGACUGCCCUAUAUCAAUUGCGGUUUGGGAUGAUCGAGGAGGCACGCAAGACUUUGGAACCAGCAGUUAGCAUGUACCCUUACAACGAAAAUCCUCUGCUCGUAGGAUACGCGGGAGUAACUGAGUUUGCCCUGUGGGCUAAAGCCAUUCAACAGCAUAACAGUGAGAGAUCUAGCGGACUUUCAGGUGCUAUGGAGACCACGGACAUAAGCGAUUUAGUUCAAGGAAUUGAUGAUUGGCUUGAGCAGGAGGAACACGAAAAUGAUGGCACUGACCAAUGGAGAUCAAGCAUAUAUAAACAUGAACACUUGGCAGCAAACUUAUUAGAGCAGACCCUUCGAAUGGAUGCUGAAAACGACAUUUUCCUUGUAUAUCUAGUGCGAUUACGAUGUGGCAAUGUUGAUAAGGCUGAAUUUGACGCGAAAAAAGUCCCGAGAAGACGUAGAAUAGCUAUCCAUGAUAUGAAGGGGUUUCUAAGGCGUUUUUACAGCAACAAUAACAGCAGCCUCAUCUGCCUGCAGUAAGUUUAUGCCGUUCUAUUAUAUUCUCGAAGCUUAAAUUUAAUUGCUUACUUGUACAAAUAUUACAUCAUCUGAAUGUUGGACCGAUUAGAUUACUUGCGGCUCUUGAAGGUCGAGAAAAGCUUCAGACUCUUGAGCUUAUUUUAAAUCAUGACCCUGCAGCUGACUCCGAUCUGUAUGUCCGGCCAUUAUUGAGAAUUCUGAUUCAACAGAUC